GGGCAAUUUUGGGGAUUAAAUGGAUCAUUUAGGUAUCACCCAUCUAUUAAAGGAAGUGACAAUGCAACCCCCCUAUUGAAAUAUUUCCAAGCCAAAAAUGGGUGAUCACAAAAAAAGAUCCAAGCUAGGAGAGGGAGAGAUGGAAGUAGCGAAAUUUUUCCACAUGAAUGGAGGAACUGGAGUCGCUAGCUAUGCAAAAAAUUCUCUCCUUCAGCAAAAGGUGAUCCUCAUGACAAAGGGAAUAAAUGAUGAAGCUAUAACUGCUCUGUACCGCAACCUUUCACCAGAAACCAUAUGCGUUGCAGACUUAGGUUGUUCCUCUGGACCUAACUCUUUCUUGCCAGUCUCCCAACUCAUUAAAACUAUUAAUGAAGAAUGCAAAAACAAUUGUCAACAGUCGCCGGAGUUUCAUAUUUUCUUGAAUGAUCUUCCUGGCAAUGAUUUCAAUACCAUUUUCCGGUUGUUGCCCGCAUUCCACGAAGAUUUGAACAAACAAAAUAUGGGACAAGAUGGACUUGAUCCACCAAAAUGUUUUGUGACAGGAGUUGCUGGUUCAUUUUAUUCUAGACUUUUUCCUUCCAAAAGUCUACAUUUUGUCCACUCUUCUUACAGUCUCCACUGGCUUUCUCAGGUGCCUGAUGGAAUAGAGAAUAACAAAGAGAAUAUUUACGCAGCAACUACAAGCCCACCAAGCGCUCAUAAAGCAUAUUAUGAGCAAUAUGAAAGAGAUUUUGUAACUUUUCUCAAGUAUCGCUCAGAGGAAUUGGUGAAAGGUGGACGUAUAGUAUUGACCUUGAUGGGCAAAGAAAAUGAAGAUCGCUUUAGCAAAGGGUGUCGCUACCUGGUGGAACCUUUGUCCAUGGCCCUCAAAGAGCUGGUUGCAGAGGGCUCAGUAGAAGAAGAGAAAGUGAAUUCAUUCAACAUUCCUGGAUACUGUCCAUCUCCUGAAGAAGUGAUGUAUGUAGUUGAGAAGGAAGGAUCUUUCACCAUUAAUUGCUUGGAAACUUCAGAACUCCAUUUAGAUGCUUCUGGUGAAAGUAUGGCCCAAUGUAUGAGAGCUGUUGCUGAACCUUUACUUGUCAGUCAUUUUGGUGAUGGUAAUGGUUUGAUGGAUGAUGUGUUCCACAAGUAUAGAGAGAUCUAUGUUAACUGCAUGACAAAAGAAGAUGCUAUGGUCACAAGUGUCAUUGUCUCCUUGACCAAAAUAAAUUAGGCAAUCAUCCUUGCCUUAUAUGUGAAUAAAAGCUUAUCCGCAUCGGAUAUUUAGAUCGAAUCAAUAUAUGCAUGACGUGUGUUUGAUUAUAGAGUUAUUUUACUCAACAAUAAUUAAGUAACAUGUACUUUUACUCCAUUAAAUCACUUAGCCAUGAUAAGUUAUAUUAAUUAGUGUACUAAUGUUACUGGGCCUCGUUGAUCUUGUUCGAGGCAUGUGGAGUUUUCAGUAAAAGUGAGCCGUCCUCAAUUUAUUUGUGGAGCAGCUUCUAUCCUUCCUAUGCAAUAUCUUUCUUUUCAGA